ACGCUUAUAUAUCAUCUUCAGUAUGUCAGUUGAGUGUGCGUUCCCUUCUGCAGACGUCAAGCUGUAUUACAGGCGGCUGCAUCUCAUCCCAUUGCUACCGGCCCUGAUCGGAAAGCCAGGUGGCGCUGCCCUCACUCCAACCGCUGCAUGGGCGUUGGAUAACAUCCUCAGCUAUAUAUCUUCCCUGAGGCUGAAGACUGUUGAGAUACAUCUGAUACGAGGAUGGUUGCUCACCUCGGAUGAACGUAGAAUAUCAAUCACGGAAGAGAUCCAGAUGGAUGUGAUCUGAGAGUUUUAAUGAGCCAAGGAACGAACAUGGCUAAGUGGUGGUGACAUGGAAUAUAUUUUCACGUGUAAUAGGUCUCGAUUGUAGCGAGCGGCCAGAUGUGAUAGAAUGAGUCGCCAGGGUGGGGGGGGUAAAAGGAUAAAUGGG